UCCAGGAUGCGCCUAGUCUGAGAUCGGAGGGGGGAGGAAUCCACAAGUCGUGCAGCUCGUCGUCUUGAAGCCCAGCGCCCGGAACGCUCCGAACAGUUCUACGCUGUAGAUCACCCGGCUUUCACUUCAAAGAGCUCGAAUUCUUCAACCACUUUUUGUGUUGUAAGUUUCCAAAGUUUAGGAAGUAGUUGGUCGGAGCUGAGUUGACUCCCCCAUCGGGAGCGAAAGGAUUUGGGAUCGAGUCCUACAGCAUAGCGAGGCUACACCGCGUCUCUUCCACCAAACGGAUCUCUGCCGCCGGUUAUUCUGAUCCAGAGGAGCUCUGAACCGGAGAAGAUCGCUCGGUAAAGCUUAUUUUUUCCCGGUCCGCGGGGUCCACAGGUCCACGCUCGGCUGAGUACCGGGGCUUUGAUGCUCGGUCGGUGAAACACGCUCCAGUCCGCCGGAGGGUUUUUGUUCGCUGGUUUUUGUUCGUAACUUGUCGCGGACCUCAGAACUGAGUUGGAUUUUUAUUCGUGUUUUUGAAAGUUUUCACCAUCCCGAGCCGUGGAGUUUCUCCAUCAAACUAGCCCGGGUUCACCCUGCAGAGCUUCGUUUAAAGAUUAGCACUGCCUGAAUGGAGUGCCUUUUACAGAGGUGCCAGCAGAUUUAGGUCCUGCUACAUGAUGGGGCCCAGCAUGCUACUGGUCUUGGCUCUCUGUGCCCAUGUGUUGCCAGCUCAGUCGCGGCCUGCUAGCGCUACUGCAGAUGAAGGCCCCGCCCCGGAGCUCCCGGCCGAGCUCUUCACCCUGUACCCCGGGGACCGCCUGGACCUGGACUGCCCCUCCAAGGACUCCCUCCAGGCCGCCGUCAACUGGACCAAGGACCAGGCGGCGCUCACCGACGACGAGCACACGCGGCUCCACGGCGCGCAGCUGGAGAUCGAGACGGUGGAGCCGUCCGACUCGGGCCUCUACGCCUGCACCUCCUUCGGCAACUACAGCGUGUUCUUCAACGUGUCUGUGGAUACGCUGGCGUCCUCUGAGGAUGACGACGAAGAGGAAGAGUCCUCCUCCGAGGAGGCUAAACUCCUGGGCAGUGGGAAACUGCUACCAAUGCCCCCCCUGUGGGCUCACCCUGAGAAGAUGGCCAAGAAGCUCCACGCCGUUCCCGCCAGCAAGACUGUCAAGUUCCGCUGCCAGGCCAGCGGCAACCCCACCCCCUCGCUCAAGUGGUUCAAGAACGGCCGGGAGUUCAGGAGAGACCAGCGCAUCGGGGGCUUCAAGGUGCGCGACCACAUGUGGACCAUCAUCAUGGAGUCGGUGGUCCCCUCCGACAAGGGGAACUACACCUGUGUGGUGGAGAACCAGCACGGCAGCCUCAACCACACCUACCAGCUCGACGUCGUCGAGCGCUCCCCCCACAGGCCCAUCCUACAGGCCGGCCUGCCCGCCAACCGCACGGUGGUGGUGGGCAGCGACGUGGAGUUUGAGUGCAAGGUGUUCAGCGACCCCCAGCCCCACAUCCAGUGGCUGAAGCACAUCGAGGUGAACGGGAGCCGCCUGGGCCCCGACAAGCUGCCCUACGUCCGGGUGCUUAAGCAUUCUGGGGUCAAUAGCUCGGACACCCAGGUGCUGACGCUCUACAAUGUGACUGAGGAGGAGAGCGGCGAGUAUAUUUGUAAAGUGUCCAAUUAUAUAGGCGAGGCCAAUCAGUCGGCCUGGCUGACGGUCACCCGCUGGCACCCCACAGCGGUCCCCCACUACCCCCCCGCCAACCACACCUACCUGGAGGUGGUGAUCUACUGCGUGGGCUUCUUCAUCAUCGCCGUGAUGGUGGCCACGGUGGUGCUCUUCAAGAUGCGCACCACCUCCAAGAAGAGCGACUUCAGCGGGCAGCUGGCCGUCCACAAGCUGGCUAAGAGCAUCCCGCUGCGCAGACAGGUAACAGUGUCUGUGGACUCCAGCUCCUCCAUCCACUCGGGGGUCAUGCUGGUGCGGCCCUCCCGUCUCUCCUCCAGCGGCUCCCCCAUGCUGUCGGGGGUCUCGGAGUACGAGCUGCCCCAGGACCCCCGCUGGGAACUGUCCCGCGAAAGGCUGGUGAUGGGCAAGCGUCUGGGGGAGGGCUGCUUCGGCCAGGUGGUGAUGGGAGAGGCCCUGGGCCUGGACAAGGAGAAGCCCAACCGCGUCACCAAGGUGGCCGUCAAGAUGCUGAAGUCGGACGCCACCGAGAAGGACCUGUCGGACCUCAUCUCGGAGAUGGAGAUGAUGAAGAUCAUCGGCAAGCACAAGAACAUCAUCAACCUGCUGGGAGCCUGCACGCAGGACGGCCCGCUCUACGUGAUCGUUGAGUUUGCGUCCAAGGGGAACCUCAGGGAGUACCUGCGGGCCCGGCGGCCCCCCGGCAUGGAGUACUGCUACAACCCGGACCAGGUGCCCGUGGAGAACAUGUCCAUCAAGGACCUGGUCUCCUGCGCCUACCAGGUGGCCCGCGGCAUGGAGUACCUGUCCUCCAAGAAGUGUAUCCACAGGGAUCUGGCUGCUCGUAACGUCUUGGUAACCGACGACAACGUGAUGAAGAUCGCAGACUUUGGCCUGGCCCGCGACAUCCACCACAUCGACUACUACAAGAAGACCACCAACGGCCGCCUGCCAGUCAAGUGGAUGGCACCUGAAGCCCUGUUCGACCGCAUCUACACCCACCAGAGUGAUGUCUGGUCGUUUGGCGUGCUGCUGUGGGAGAUCUUCACCCUGGGGGGCUCCCCCUACCCUGGGGUCCCCGUGGAGGAGCUCUUCAAGCUGCUGAAGGAUGGGCACCGCAUGGACAAGCCCUCCACCUGCACGCACCAACUGGACAUGAUGAUGAGGGACUGCUGGAACGCCGUACCCUCUCACAGACCCACCUUCAAGCAGCUGGUGGAGGACCUGGACCGCUGCCUGGCCAUGACCUCCAACCAGGAGUACCUGGAGCUGUCGGUGGGCGUGGACCAGUACUCCCCCAACUACCCGGACACGCGCAGCUCCACCUGCUACCCGGACACGCGCAGCUCCACCUGCUCCUCUGGCGAGGACUCUGUCUUCUCCCACGACGCAGGCGUCGAGGAGCCCUGCCUGCCCAAGUUCCCGCCACACCCCAACGGCGCCGCCGUCAAGAAGCGCUAAUGCUAACACUAGCAUUAGCACUAGCGUUAGCCUAGCGCUAACGCUAAGCGUGUGUCGGCAUGGCGCUGACACAUGCCACCUCCCACCCAGCCCCCCUCCCCCCCACACCGCUACCCCCACAUGAGUCCUUCCUGUCCUGCGACGGCCACAGAACAGGCGCGGGCUGGGUGGGGAGGGGGGGGGACCACGGACCCAAGGGCCUAGCGGGGUCGAUGCCGGAACUCUGGUGCUUCUUUGACUCGGAUGCAUGACUCCCACUACCUGGCUCCCCCCACACAGACUGAGGUGGGCUGGCUACGAUGUCAAUUAGGGGGGGGCACCGUGCUACUCGGUGGGCCAGCGCUGGAACAUUAAUUUUUCUACAGAGUGCUGCUCUGCCCCCCCCCCACUGGUCAGGAGAACCAUAGGGCUGACGAUGGUGAAGGUGAUGCAAGUUGUGUUGCGGCUUAUUGUUUGGUGUUACAUUGCUGGUGAACUGCAGAGACUGUACUAUUAGCAAGGGGACGGGACUACCUUACACACAGAGGUCCAUGUUUCAUUCAAAAGUAACUUCUUGUAAAUACAGGUAGAAAAUUAUAAAUAUGAAUAUAUAUUUACACUGUACUCUUAUUUUUUAAUAUCAUAAUUGAUUGCUUUUUUCUUUUUGUACAAGGAUGCUUCAGUCUGAUCCGUAAACAAAACGAAGCCCUUAGGGAAAUAAUCUGAAAAUAAUGAAAUAAUUGUACCAUAUUGUGGAAAUGUUGGCCAGUUUUUGUUUUUCUGUCUUCUCUUCCUCCCGGCUUUUUUUUUUGCGCUACAUCGCUGCGUCCGUGAGUACGUUGACCAGCAGUUGUUUUGUUUCCAUGGACUUGUAUUUUUUAUUACCUCUACAACACAACAAAGCUUUGUGUUUUAGUGUCCUUCAAAAAGUCGUGUGUGUGUGUGUGUGUGUGUGUGUGUGUGUGUGUGUGUGUGUGUGUGUGUGUGUGUGUGUGUGUGUGUGUGUGUGUGUGUGUGUGUGUGUGUGUGUGUGUGUGUGUGUGUGUGUGUGUGUGGGAGAGAUGAUAUCCUGUAUUUCUUGUCUUAUUCCCAGAGCGGUGGUUGGUGACCCCGCUUGGUCUCCAGUGUAUAUACGUGUGGUUGUUGGCCGGUCAAAGGAACGCCACGUCUUUGUUUUAUCUUCAGUCAACAACGUGCACUUCCAUGUGCAUGCCUUCAAUGUGAUGGACUAAACUUCGUAUUGUAAAUGCUUUGACAGCAGUUACACCGGCUGCCUUUCCAACUUGAUGGAGUUGCAAAAAACCUGUAAGUCACCGUUUUAAAAAAGGUUUACAUUCAAAUAAAAUGCUAUCGAAAAUAAAAGAAAUUAAAAACCA